AUGGCGUUAAAUACAUCUUACAUAGAUUUUUUAAAUAAUAUUUCAAAUGAUCUUAAUCGAUAUUUUGGAAUAUUUGUUUUUCUUUUUGGUUUAAUUGGUAAUAUUUUAAAUAUUCUUGUUCUCUCUCAACGACCACUUCGAUCAAAUCCAUGUGCAUUACUAUUUCUUGCUUCAUCAGUUUCUAAUUUAAUAGCAAUAGUUUCCGGUCUUCUUACUCGAAUAUUAUCUGGUUGGAAUCUCGAUCCAACAAGCACAAUUAUUUCUCUAUGUAAAAUACGUAUAUUUAUUUCUUUUCCUUCUCGUACAGCUGCUUAUUGGUUUGUUGUAUUAGCUACUCUUGAUCGAUGGCUUUUAACAAGUAUUCAUGCAAAUUAUCGUCAAAUGAGUACAAUUAAAAAUGCUCAACGAAGUAUUAUUAUUACCGUUAUUUUUUCAAUGAUUCUUUUCAUUUAUGCACCUAUUUGUUAUCAAAUUGGUUUAACUAAUGUACCACUUCAAUGUUCUGGUAACACAAAAUUAUGUCGCGCUUUUGUAGAUAUGACUUAUGCAUUCAUUACUAUUUCAUUACCUAUAGUAAUAAUGAAUAUUUUUAGUUUUAAAACUAUUUCAAAUAUUCGUCAUAUGAAAAAACGCAUUCGACCUUUACAACAAUAUAAUAAUAAACGAAUAGUUACUAGAGUAAAUAUGUCUACUCGAGAAUGGAAAACAACAGAUCAACGUCUUCUUCGAAUGCUUUUUAUACAAAUUAUUCUGUUUACUUUAUUUUCUUUUCCUAUUGUCCUACAACGGCUAUAUGCAACAGUGACAAUUAAUAAUCAAAAGUCAACAUUACAAACUACUACUGACAAUUUUAUAUUUUCUUUUGUUCUUCUUUUGAGUUUUCUAGCAAAUGGAAUUCCAUUUUAUGUUUAUACAUUAACAGGUGGAAAAGUUUUUCGAAAAGCACUUUUUAAUGUAAUCUAUUGUAAAAUAUUUCAUUUUCAUUCAGUAAAUGACGUUCAUCAUUAA